CACAGUAUCUAAUAAAUAAUUCCAAGUUAGCAACUCACAGGCUUCAUACUUGAAACUGUUAUGUUGCUUUGCAUAAAAGUAUGUGCGCUGAUUCUUCCUUCACUGUGGAUUUUGAUUUUUCAUACCUGAUUUUGUCAUUUCCCCCCUUCCUCAGUCCUUACCAAGUAGAUACUUCUUGGUCCCCACUGUUAUUCCCAAGGACUGGUAGUAUGAUAUUUCUUGCCCUCUCCGUUCUUAUCCCCUCAUUUCUGUCUCUCCUUGCAUUUAUCAGUUUUAGGGAAAAGGGAAGCUUAAAGAGACAGUUCACCGAUAAUGUUGUGUUCUACCUAUUAAUCAGAAGUAAAUAAUAAUAUAAUCAGGAUCACUAGUCUACUAGUUAGAACGGAAGACCGUGAGAAAGUGGUUCCCACAGCUCUUUGUGCACGAACCGCGGAAGAACA